AUGGAGGAGAAGAAGCAGAAGAACAUUCACGACAUCCUCCCUGUUGACCUGAUUCAGAGAAUCUUACUGAGGAUUCCGGUCAAACAUCUCGGCCGCCUCAAGUGCGUUUCGAAGUUUUGGUACUCUCUCAUUUCUGAUCCAGACUUUGCGGAAUCGCAUCUUCAGCUCUCUCUUGCACCCACCCAUGCGUGCAUCUACAAAAAAGCUUCCACGGAAGCUUACCUUUUUCACCUAGAAGAAGCAUUUAAUGGCGACAAUUAUGAAGUAAAAGUAGUAUCUUUCCCUUUCAAGAAGAAGCCACCUUCUGAGUUUCGUGUCAUGGGAUCAUGCAGAGGGUUUGUUCUCUUAAGCCGACAGCCACAUUUUUUUGUAGUAUGGAAUCCACUCACCGGAUUUAGCAAAAGAGUAUCUUACUCUUGGUUAGAUAUCGUUCAUCGUAAUAAGGGCAUGUACUUUCAUUUUCCCGGUAAUGCGCGGCUGUAUGGAUUUGGUUAUGAUACGUCACGGGAUGACUACUUAGUUGUUAUAGCUUGGCAUGAUGGUGACUGCCAACACUUAGAUUGCUUGUCCUUGAGAACCAAUUCAUGGAUUAAUCUUGAUGCUGCACUCCCCAAACCAUUGGGUUUCAUGGAGUGGGUAUCUCAUGGGUUGUUCUUGAAUGGCUCUAUUCAUUGGUUUCCGUUUUCUUACUCUCGUGGUUCACAUUGUUACCGGGAAGGUCUUCUUACAUUUGAUUUGAAGGAAAGAAGUUUCUCAAACAUAUCUUUGCCCGAACAACUCAUAAUGGGUGGUCCUGCCACAUUUGUCAUACUAGGAGGGUGCCUAGCCUUGUAUUCUCAGUGCUAUGUUGAACGGAAAACAGACAUAUGGGUGAUGAAAGAAUACAAAGUGCAGUCAUCUUGGACUUUGUAUGAGGUUCCUUAUUUAAUAUCUAAGUAUCUAUGCUUAUCCAAUCAUAGUGACAUUUUUGCACUAGAACCUAUUUCAGUAUCUAGUUCAUUAAAGUUUGCCAAAUAUAAUAUCAGAGAAGAGCUGCUCCAACAUUUUACAUGUCCUCCUCAUCUUCGACACUAUACUUUCAACCAUGCAAGUUACACUGUAUAUACAGAAAGUCUCUUGCUGUUCCCUAGUAAUAGUAAGCAUAAGGAUAAGAAGAAGAAUGUUAUUUAA